AUGUAUGGUCUUCAGAAUAACCUGGCCACUACCAGCCCCAUGGCCUUCUCUGCCACUGGAGCCAACACACAAACAGUUUAUGGUGUCCAGAAAAAUGUGUCUGGUACUGUAAUCGGCACAACCACAGUGAGACCCAGCAGUCCCAUUAAUGAUGAGAGCCCAGGCAAAGACUUUAAGUUUGUGCUGAUAGAGAAGGAGAAUGCUCCCGUGAAGAAGGAGACGGAGCGGCUGGUCAUGACCAAAGACACAGGGAAGCAGUUCAUGUCUACUGCACAUGCUACUACUUCUGCGUUCUUCUCUGGGGACUCCCUACAGAGAGAGAAACAGAAGUUAUCAUCCAGCACAAUGGAGGAAGGAACAGAUACUAAAUCGGCAACCCUAAAAGUGGUCACAAAAGACAAAGCCACCUACGCAGAGAUCAGAGAGAGUGACUCGGUCUUCAGCUUCUGCUCCUGCUGCAGCUGGUGGAAGUGGCUGCUGGGCCUCCUGCUCAGCCUGCUCCUCCUCCUCGGCGUCCUCUUUGGACUCAUCGCUUUGGGUGAACAAGUGAAACGCCUGCAGAACCGUGUCGAAGCUCUGGAAGCCAUCACUGGCACGGCCUCAGCCAGGUCCAGCCGCCUCUCGGCCGCCUCUGGCAUCAACAUCAUCGACCCGCUGGACUCCACGUACAUCGAGAGGAGUUCUGCUGUGUCUACCCUGACCCACUCUGACAAUGGGAUCAACCUGGGGGCAACUGGGCCUGCAGUAGGCGCUGGGAGUGGGCCAGGGCAAGACAGUGCCGCCCUGCAGAGAACCGUGCAGCAUCUGGUCAGGACUGAACUCCGCUCUGAUGCUCUGAGAGAUUCACUUGCAUACUCACUAAAAGGGGAGAGAGGAGACCCAGGACCUAAAGGCAUGUUUGCACAAAUUAUUAAGUCAUUUGGAAAUGUGAUCCAGGGAUGCUUGGAAAAAAAGGUGACGGUGGCUUUCCUGGCCUGCCAGGCCCUCCUGGGCAGUUUGGGCACCCCGGACAGGAUGGACCGAGGGGACCAAAGGGAAGUGCAGGUGAACAAGGUUCUGAGGGUCCACCAGGCCAGAGGGGCCGGGAUGGACCAAUGGGCUCCCGCGGAGAGGCUGGACCACCAGGUUUGGGAGAGAAAGGAGACAGAGGAACUCAAGGCGAGGCGGGACGUCCCGGUCUUGCUGGCCCUCCUGGUCCUGUGGGGCCAAAAGGUUCUACAGGAGAGCAGGGUAUCCAUGGAAUUCCAGGUGCCCCAGGUCAAAAGGGUUUCCAGGGUGAAGCAGGAGCCCCAGGAGCGCCUGGUGAUCGAGGAACACCGGGUAUAUCAGGAAUCAAAGGUGACCCAGGAGAGAGGGGUGCACGUGGAAUAUCAG